CACCAGUUACAAACAAUGCCCUUGCCUGGUAAUGCAAGCACUCCGCCUGUCACUGGAACAUCUGCACCACCAAGCAUCACAACUACUAGCUCUCCAACUACAACUACAACCUCAACACCUACCACAACAGAGCCAAAAAUCAAGUUGGGAUUUAAGUUGAAAGAAACUUUUACUCCUCAACUUGCAAACAAAUCUUCACCAGCGUUCCUUGAACUAAAGAACAAAGUGACCACAGCGCUCGACAUGGUCUAUUCAGAACAAUAUGGAUCCAGCUUCAAUCAUACUGUCAUCAACAGCUUCAGUCAAGGAUCCGUUGAGGUAGAUGCUGAACUGAUAUUCAAUGAAGGGAAUACAUUACCAAAUACCACUUCUGCAGCUGGAACUUUGGUGACUGCCUCUUCCAGCUCCAAUUUUUCUCUCAGUGUCAACACAUCUUCUAUUUCUGCAGCAGUUGUUUUGGCUGCAACUCCAGCCCCAACCACAGUUGCCCCUUCAACACCACUUGUCAACAUCACCUCACCUCCAGUCAACAUGACUUCAUCACCAGUCAACCCAACAUCACCACUAGUCAACCCAACAUCACCACCAGUCAACCGGACAUCAUCACUAGUCAACAUGACAUCGUCACCAGUCAACAUGACAUCCCCACCAGUCAACAUUACAUCACCAUUCAACCCAACCUCACCAUCAGUAAACAUGACAUCACAAGUCAACCCAACCUCACCAUCAGUCAACAUUACUUCACCAUCAGUCAACCCAACUUCACCAUCAGUAAACAUGACAUCACCAGUCAACCUUACAUCACCAGUCAACCCAACAUCACCAACAGUCAACAUUACUUCACCACCAGUCAACCCAACUUCACCAUCAGUAAACAUGACAUCAACACCAGCCAACAUUACUUCACCAUCAGUCAACAUUACAUCACCCGUCAACCCAACAUCACCACCAGUCAAUAUUACAUCACCAGUCAAACCAACCUCACCAUCAGUCAACAUUACUUCACCAUCAGUCAACCCAACUUCACCAUCUGUUAGCAUGACAUCACCACCAGUCAACCUUACAUCACCAGUCAACCCAACCUCACCAUCAGUCAACAUGACUUCACCACCAGUUACAACAAUGCCCUUGCAUGGUAAUGCAAGCACUCCGCCUGUCACUGGAACAUCAGCACCACCAAGCAUCACAACUACUAGCUCUCCAACUGCAACUACAACCUCAACACCUACCACAACAGAGCCAAAAAUCAAGUUGGGAUUUAAGUUGAAAGAAACUUUUACUCCUCAACUUGCAAACAAAUCUUCACCAGCGUUCCUUGAACUAAAGAACAAAGUGACCACAGCGCUCGACAUGGUCUAUUCAGAACAAUAUGGAUCCAGCUUCAAUCGUACUGUCAUCAACAGCUUCAGUCAAGGAUCCGUUGAGGUAGAUGCUGAACUGAUAUUCAAUGAAGGGAAUACAUUACCAAAUACCACUUCUGCAGCUGGAACUUUGGUGACUGCCUCUUCCAGCUCCAAUUUUUCUCUCAGUGUCAACACAUCUUCUAUUUCUGCAGCAGUUGUUUUGGCUGCAACUCCAGCCCCAACCACAGUUGCCCCUUCAACACCACUUGUCAACAUCACCUCACCUCCAGUCAACAUGACUUCAUCACCAGUCAACCCAACAUCACCACUAGUCAACCCAACAUCACCACCAGUCAACCGGACAUCAUCACCAGUCAACAUGACAUCGUCACCAGUCAACAUGACAUCCCCACCAGUCAACAUUACAUCACCAUUCAACCCAACCUCACCAUCAGUAAACAUGACAUCACCAGUCAACCCAACCUCACCAUCAGUCAACAUUACUUCACCAUCAGUCAACCCAACUUCACCAUCAGUAAACAUGACAUCACCAGUCAACCUUACAUCACCAGUCAACCCAACAUCACCAACAGUCAACAUUACUUCACCACCAGUCAACCCAACUUCACCAUCAGUAAACAUGACAUCAACACCAGCCAACAUUACUUCACCAUCAGUCAACAUUACAUCACCCGUCAACCCAACAUCACCACCAGUCAAUAUUACAUCACCAGUCAAACCAACCUCACCAUCAGUCAACAUUACUUCACCAUCAGUCAACCCAACUUCACCAUCUGUUAGCAUGACAUCACCACCAGUCAACCUUACAUCACCAGUCAACCCAACCUCACCAUCAGUCAACAUUACUUCACCAUCAGUAAACCCAACUUCACCAUCAGUAAACAUGACAUCACCACCAGUCAAUAUUACAUCACCAGUCAACCCAACCUCAUCAUCAGUCAACAUUACAUCACCAUUCAACCCAACCUCACCAUCAGUAAACAUGACAUCACCAGUCAACCCAACCUCACCAUCAGUCAACAUGACUUCACCACCAGUUACAACAAUGCCCUUGCAUGGUAAUGCAAGCACUCCGCCUGUCACUGGAACAUCAGCACCACCAAGCAUCACAACUACUAGCUCUCCAACUACAACUACAACCUCAACACCUACCACAACAGAGCCAAAAAUCAAGUUGGGAUUUAAGUUGAAAGAAACUUUUACUCCUCAACUUGCAAACAAAUCUUCACCAGCGUUCCUUGAACUAAAGAACAAAGUGACCACAGCGCUCGACAUGGUCUAUUCAGAACAAUAUGGAUCCAGCUUCAAUCGUACUGUCAUCAACAGCUUCAGUCAAGGAUCCGUUAAGGUAGAUGCUGAACUGAUAUUCAAUGAAGGGAAUACAUUACCAAAUACCACUUCUGCAGCUGGAACUUUGGUGACUGCCUCUUCCAGCUCCAAUUUUUCUCUCAGUGUCAACACAUCUUCUAUUUCUGCAGCAGUUGUUUUGGCUGCAACUCCAGCCCCAACCACAGUUGCCCCUUCAACACCACUUGUCAACAUCACCUCACCUCCAGUCAACAUGACUUCAUCACCAGUCAACCCAACAUCACCACCAGUCAACCCAACAUCACCACCAGUCAACCGGACAUCAUCACCAGUCAACAUGACAUCCCCACCAGUCAACAUUACAUCACCAUUCAACCCAACCUCACCAUCAGUAAACAUGACAUCACCAGUCAACCCAACCUCACCAUCAGUCAACAUUACUUCACCAUCAGUCAACCCAACUUCACCAUCAGUAAACAUGACAUCACCAGUCAACCUUUCAUCACCAGUCAACCCAACAUCACCAACAGUCAACAUUACUUCACCACCAGUCAACCCAACUUCACCAUCAGUAAACAUGACAUCAACACCAGCCAACAUUACUUCACCAUCAGUCAAUAUUACAUCACCAGUCAACCCAACAUCACCACCAGUCAAUAUUACAUCACCAGUCAAACCAACCUCACCAUCAGUCAACAUUACUUCACCAUCAGUCAACCCAACUUCACCAUCUGUUAGCAUGACAUCACCACCAGUCAACCUUACAUCACCAGUCAAACCAACCUCACCAUCAGUCAACAUUACUUCACCAUCAGUCAACCCAACUUCACCAUCUGUUAGCAUUACAUCACCACCAGUCAACCUUACAUCACCAGUCAAACCAACCUCACCAUCAGUUAACAUGACAUCAACACCAGCCAAUAUUACAUCACCAGUCAAUCCAACCUCACCAUCAGUAAACAUGACAUCACCAGUCAACCCAACCUCACCAUCAGUCAACAUUACUUCACCAUCAGUCAACCCAACUUCACCAUCAGUAAAGAUGACAUCACCACCAGUCAACCUUACAUCACCAGUCAACCCAACCUCACCAUCAGUAAACAUGACAUCACCAGUCAACCCAACCUCAUCAUCAGUCAAUAUGACUUCACCACCAGUUACAACAAUGCCCUUGCUUGGUAAUGCAAGCACUCCGCCUGUCACUGGAACAUCAGCACCACCAAGCAUCACAACUACUAGCUCUCCAACUACAACUACAACCUCAACACCUACCACAACAGAGCCAAAAAUCAAGUUGGGAUUUAAGUUGAAAGAAACUUUUACUCCUCAACUUGCAAACAAAUCUUCACCAGCGUUCCUUGAACUAAAGAACAAAGUGACCACAGCGCUCGACAUGGUCUAUUCAGAACAAUAUGGAUCCAGCUUCAAUCGUACUGUCAUCAACAGCUUCAGUCAAGGAUCCGUUAAGGUAGAUGCUGAACUGAUAUUCAAUGAAGGGAAUACAUUACCAAAUACCACUUCUGCAGCUGGAACUUUGGUGACUGCCUCUUCCAGCUCCAAUUUUUCUCUCAGUGUCAACACAUCUUCUAUUUCUGCAGCAGUUGUAUUGGCUGCAACUCCAGCCCCAACCACAGUUGCCCCUUCAACACCACUUGUCAACAUCACCUCACCUCCAGUCAACAUGACUUCAUCACCAGUCAACCCAACAUCACCACCAGUCAACCCGACAUCCCCACCAGUCAACAUUAAAUCACCAUUCAACCCAACCUCACCAUCAGUAAACAUGACAUCCCCACCAGUCAACAUUACAUCACCAGUCAACAUUACUUCACCAUCAGUCAACCCAACUUCACCAUCUGUUAGCAUGACAUCACCCGCAGUCAACCUUACAUCACCAGUCAAACCAACCUCACCAUCAGUCAACAUUACUUCACCAUCAGUCAACCCAACUUCACCAUCAGUUAACAUGACAUCAACACCAGUCAACCUUACAUCACCAGUCAACCCAACAUCACCAACAGUCAACAUUACUUCAUCACCAGUCAACCCAACAUCACCACCAGUCAAUAUUACAUCACCAGUCAAACCAACCUCACCAUCAGUCAACAUUACUUCACCAUCAGUCAACCCAACUUCACCAUCAGUAAACAUGACAUCACCAGUCAACCUUACAUCACCAGUCAACCCAACAUCACCAUCAGUCAACAUUACUUCACCAUCAGUCAACCCAACUUCAUCAUCAGUUAACAUGACAUCAACACCAGCCAAUAUUACAUCACCAGUCAACCCAACCUCAUCACCAGUCAACAUUACAUCCCCAGUUAACCCAACUUCACCAUCUGUCAGCAUGACAUCACCACCAGUCAACCUUACAUUACCAGUCAACCCAACCUCACCAUCAGUCAACAUUACUUCACCAUCAGUCAACCCAACUUCACCAUCAGUAAAGAUGACAUCACCACCAGUCAACAUUACAUCCCCAGUUAACCCAACCUCAUCAUCAGUCAACAUGACAUCACCACCAGUCAACCUUACAUCCCCAGUUAACCCAACUUCACCAUCUGUCAGCAUGACAUCACCACCAGUCAACCUUACAUCACCAGUCAACCCAACCUCACCAUCAGUCAACAUUACUUCAUCAUCAGUCAACCCAACUUCACCAUCAGUAAACAUGACAUCACCACCAGUCAAUAUUACAUCACCAGUCAACCCAACCUCAUCACCAGUCAACAUUACAUCCCCAGUUAACCCAACUUCACCAUCUGUCAGCAUGACAUCACCACCAGUCAACCUUACAUCACCAGUCGACCCAACCUCACCACCAGUCAAUAUUACAUCACCAGUCAACCCAACCUCAUCACCAGUCAACAUUACAUCACCAUUCAACCCAACAUCACCAUCAGUAAACAUGACAUCACCAGUCAACCCAACCUCACCAUCAGUCAACAUUACUUCACCACCAGUCAAUAUUACAUCACCAGUCAACCCAACCUCAUCACCAGUCAACAUUACAUCCCCAGUUAACCCAACUUCACCAUCUGUCAGCAUGACAUCACCACCAGUCAACCUUACAUCACCAGUCAACCCAACCUCACCAUCAGUCAACAUUACUUCACCAUCAGUCAACCCAACUUCACCAUCAGUAAACAUGACAUCACCACCAGUCAACCUUACCUCACCAGUCAACCCAACCUCACCAUCUGUCAGCAUGACAUCACCACCAGUCAACCUUACAUCACCAGUCAACCCAACUUCAUCAUCAGUCAACAUGACUUCACCACCAGUUACAACAAUGCCCUUGCCUGGUAAUGCAAGCACUCCGCCUGUCACUGGAACAUCAGCACCACCAAGCAUCACAACUACUAGCUCUCCAACUACAACUACAACCUCAACACCUACCACAACAGAGCCAAAAAUCAAGUUGGGAUUUAAGUUGAAAGAAACUUUUACUCCUCAACUUGCAAACAAAUCUUCACCAGCGUUCCUUGAACUAAAGAACAAAGUGACCACAGCGCUCGACAUGGUCUAUUCAGAACAAUAUGGAUCCAGCUUCAAUCGUACUGUCAUCAACAGCUUCAGUCAAGGAUCCGUUGUGGUUGAUGCUGAAGUGAUAUUCAAUGACGUGACAACAUUGCCAAAUGCCACGUCUGUGGCUUCAGCUUUGGCAACUGCUUCUUCCAGCUCUAAUUUUUCUCUCACCGUCAACGUAUCCUCUAUUUCUGCAACAGCUCUUUUGGCACCAACUAAAACCCCAACCACAGUUGCCCCUUCAACACCACUGGUCAACUUCACCUCACCUCCACUCACAACAGCCGCUUCCACUGCUGCACCAGUUCCUUUAACCACAACCGCAUCAAUAAUUUCUACCACAUCCAAUGAGGGAACCCUUGGACUACAGUUUAGUCUCAACCAAACAUUUACAGCAGAUCUCUCAAACUCAUCCUCAACAGCAUACCAGACCUUGGCUGCAGAAGUGGUCAAAGAGCUCAACAAAGUGUGUACAACUCUGUUUGGAUCAUCUUUCGUUCGCUCCGUUGUUGACUCAUUCACGAGUGGCUCGGUGGUUGCAGACACAACCAUUGCAUUUAAAGAUACAAGCUCAGUUCCUUCAUCAAGCACAGCUACUUCACAGCUCAGCAGUGCAUUAACAAGCAACUCUACCUCCCUGAGCGUUAUAUCAGGCAGUGUUUCUAUAACUUCUUCUACUGCUUCCACCGCCACACCUACUGCUACAGCUGCCCCUACUGCAGCUCCUACUGCAGCUCCAACUGCAGCUCCAACUGCAGCUCCUACUGCAGCUCCAACUGCAGCUCCAACUGCAGCACCCACUACAGCACCCACUGCAGCACCCACUGCAGCUCCAACUGCAGCUCCUACUGAAGCUCCAACUGCAGCACCAACUGCAGCUCCAACUGCAGCACCCACUACAGCACCCACUGCAGCACCCACUGCAGCUCCAACUGCAGCUCCUACUGAAGCUCCAACUGCAGCACCAACUGCAGCUCCUACUAAAGCUCCCACUGCAGCUCCUACUACUGCCACAACAACAGCUUCUACUGAUCCUCCUACAUCCAGUGAGGGAACUCUUGGCCUUCAGUUCAGUCUCAACCAAACAUUUACAUCAGACCUCUCAGACUCAUCAUCAACUGCGUACAAGACUUUGGCUGCAACAGUGAUCAGUGAGGUAAACAAAGCGGCUCAAAAACUCUAUCGAUCAUCUUUCCUUCGCAGCAUUAUUAACAAAUUCACGCAAGGAUCAGUGAAAGUUGACAUGACCCUUGUGUUCACAAAUAAAACCUCAACUCCUACAGCAAGCGAUGCAACUUCAAAAUUCAGCACUGCGCUUAGCUCUUCAUCCCUGAAUGUUGUACAAGGCAGCGUUUCUGCACAAUCAACAUCCACGUCAAGCAGUCCCCCUCGGCCCACAAUGGGCUCACUGGUCGUGUUUUCACUAACCCUGCUGGCUGUGGCCCUGACGAUGACAAACUAAUACCAAACAUCAAAGGCAGAUACACUUGGCUAAGAGCUUUUUCUAUGCUAUCAAGUGGGAUCAAAGCAAUGUACCACCAAACUGAGAGCAAGACAUAACAUGCGUGCAAAAUGAAAUUUACCAAUACAAUGUUAAAUGGUAAAAGGAUGUGUGUGCAAACGAUUUAUUUUGUUCAGUAUUUUAUACAUGUGAUGUUACAAUCAAUUGUGAUCGAUUCAAUUUAUUUUUUCUUUUCUUUAAAAAUAACUUGUCAUUGAGAUAAGUAAUCAAACAUACCAUAUUUUAUACUAAUUUGGCUUUUUAUAACAGCUUCCAUUCAAUGUAUUUGUUUUGUAAAUGCUUAUUUUUAUGCUAUUAGUCACAUGUAAUUUGUUCCCAAAUGUUAAACUGUAUAGAAGAUAAUGUAAUACAUAUUUAUCUAUAAUAAAAAGCAUAUAAAGAUCAAGCAGGACACAAAUUACAUUAAAUGCCAUUGUUAAGUGUGAGUGAUGGAAGAAGUGUGCAGGUGAUGUAGCGUGGUGCCAAAAGCUUGUGUUUUUGUAAAAUGAUCUUGAUGCGGAAAAAUAAUGAUUCAUAUGACUUCUGAGGCAAACUACCAGUGUAGGACAUGUUAGACCAUGCUAGUCUUUCCCUUACCCAAACCAUGUCGUUUGUGAAAACAUUUUAGUUUCCACAGAAUGUCAUUGCAAUACAAAUAAUUGUCAUUGAA